CUGAUUCGGACACGUCACCGUCCCCAUCUGGGCCAUAAGUUGGGCCCGUGAUAAGUCAUAUCUCUCAAGCGUCUCUCUAGUCAUCUCUGUAGUCUUCGAAUUGAGCCGCCACAGAUAUCGGAGAAGAAUGGAAUCGGAAACAAGUGAGAUAGAGUACGUGAGCUACGAGGGGGAGGAUCAUCUGCCGCUGAUAAUGGGGCUGGUGGACAAAGAGCUGAGCGAGCCGUACUCGAUCUUCACGUACAGGUACUUCGUGUAUCUGUGGCCUCAACUGUGUUUUCUGGCAUUCCACAAAGGCAAGUGUGUUGGGACCGUCGUCUGUAAGAUGGGGGAGCACCGCAGCACCUACAGAGGCUACAUCGCCAUGCUCGUCGUCGUCGAUUCCUACAGAGGGAAAGGGAUCGCUACCCAACUCGUUACUAGAUCUAUUCAAGUCAUGAUGGAAUCCGGCUGUCAAGAGGUCACUCUUGAAGCAGAAGUGACUAAUAAAGGAGCACUGGCACUGUACGGGCGUCUUGGGUUCAUUAGGGCCAAAAGGCUCUUCCGUUACUACCUCAACGGGGUUGAUGCUUUCCGUCUCAAGCUCCUGUUUCCCCGCCCAGAUUUGCAUUGUAUCGAUUGAUUCAUGCUCUCACAUUUCCAUCUUUUAUUACUGAUCAGCAUAUCGUCAAUACUUGCACACUGUCUAUCUUUUUCUGUUGAAGCCUGAGGGCCAAUGAAAACAGAUCAUCAUGAACAUGUACACUCGUGAGUGCAGGAUGUUGCCAUUAUAAACGUUGCUUUCAUUCAUAGCUAG